CCAGAGAGAAUGUGCGAUAUAUAAGCCACUAAGCUGACUCGCUAUUCGGUAGUUUUUUAACUGCGCCGGAGACGCACACUUGUACGACAAUGGAAAUACCGAAGUUAUUGAUAUUGCUGUGCUGCUCAUACUAUGGGUUUGCUUCACACCACGGUCACACAAUACCAGUGGAAAACUAUGAAACUGAACUACAAGUCCUCGGUGAAUCUGUGGAAAUUCCUGAAACACCCGUCAGAGUGGUCAAAAUCACCAAAACUGUAGCUGUCAAGGUCCCAGUGCCAUAUCCAGUGAAAGUGAUUGAGAAAGUACCUUACCCUGUUCACAUUAACAAACCCUACCCAGUGCCAGUGCCACAGAUUGUAAAAGUUCCUCACGUUGAGUCUCCACCGAAGUUACAUGCGCACGAAGCUCUCGGUAGCCAAGAUGGCCAAAGCCACUUCCCUGGAAAUUCUUACCAGGUUCAAGAAGCACACUCUCGUGACGGACCCUCCGAUGACUCAUAUGGACCAGAAAUACAAUCCUACAAUGGAGACAACUCGGGCCACAAUCACGGUUUUGCGUCUUACGGCGAUGAGUCUUCAGAAGGAUCCCCUGGUGGCUCGUAUGGAGGGCCAUCACACACCUACUAUGGUAACAUAGGCGGUAAUGAUGCUGAAUCUUUUGAAUCCAAAAAUUAUAAUCAAGCAAUAAAAGACUACAUUCAUAAAUCGAACCCUAGCGGUCACACAGGUUUAAAUUAUCAUUAAAUGUUUCAAAGAUGUUAAUAUUAACGUACCUGACUGCAUUCUUUAAAUAAUAAUAUUUUAUCUUUAUAUCUGUACAUAUUGUUAUGUUCAUGUUUGUGUGAUUUGUGACAGUAGUGUGUUGGAACAGUAGUAUUGUUAUCGUACAUAAGCAUAUUUUUGUUAUUGUUGUUACUAGAUGUGUAUGGCGCAACGUUGUUAAUUUUGAAAUAAAUUAUUAAAAAUAAAACGUUAUAAUAUUUAUGUUCAUUUAUUUCCAGUGUCAAUAUUACCACAUCUAAUUGAAAAUGUAAACGCUAAUGAAUUUAUGUAGAUAUAACCAUUUAAAUUAUGAGGACAUGGUAAAUUUGGGUAAUAUUUUUAGCCAAUAAUAAUAUUCUUACAAAUUUAAAUUCUCUUAAAACUUAGGAAUGCACAAAGUAAUAAACGCGUGACAGGAAGGUGUAGCCCUUUCACCUUUUACUGUAACAUUACACAAUGAUUAAGUUGUGAAAUAUCUAAUUUGCUUAUUACAUAAAUCAUUACACCACCAAAGAAAGACAUUCCAUUUUCUUGUAAAAAAAACAAAACACAUUACAUAUUUAAUCUUAUAUUUAGUUACGCAAUAUAUGUAUAUAUACAUAUAUCUAUAUAUUCUGAAAACGAAAGUAAAAACAAGUAAAUUCGAUUCCUGUUCUGAUUACUUACUUCCAUGUAAGAUCGACAAUUUUAGUUAAUAAUAAAACAGUGGAUAAACAUUUUAAAACGAAGAAAAAUAAUUCACUCUUGGUCGUUUCCCCGAAUUAUCGUCGUCUAAAUCACCGCACAGUUCAUCAUUUUCAUCAUGGAUAGGGUUGACUGCAAUAAUAGGUCGUACUACUUCAGGCUUUUCAUCCUCAUCUGACACGUACAUCCGAGUGAGAUCAGAAGCAACUGAUGCCGUCUCGCAAACACUAAAAAAUACAUGAAAGUAACUAACAUUUUCUCAUUUUUGUCGUUUUGCAUGUCUAUCGUAAUUGGUAACACAUGGCAAUCAUACCUGUAAUGUUCAGAAUCAGGGACAGGCAGGUUGAAGUGUGUGGUUUCUUGUUUGAUGCUCAUGAUGGUAGGCAUCAUGAGGCCGGAGGCCGGGAAGGUAGCGCCCGUCACAGUCGCAGUCGAGCUGAUGGCCACCGGGCCCGUGGCCAGCAGCAGCGGGGGAACCGACACCUCCGUGUCCUUCACAGGCAGCUGCUGCAGAUUGACGAUGUCCGACUGCGCCUCCUCAUCACUUUUAAUGAUACUACUACAAGAAAGACACGCAGGUAUGUAGGCAGAACAACAAUAUUUUCAUGAACCUUAACCUGUAAUCGAACCAUACUUUGACAACUAAUUAGGUAUAAAAUAAAGAAAAACGAUAGUUAUAUGAGAAAAGUACACAAGGGUAAUGACCAGACCUAAAUUACUAUUUCACAACUGGAUUAGCCGUUAGCUCUAUGUUUGACGCGUUCCUAAUAUAUAUAAACACAUACCUAAGUAAUAUAUCUUAAUAAACAAUUCCUUUUACCUUCCCAAGUUUAAGGCUAUUUUGUACUCUUGUGAUUUUUGCACCACUUCCAACCAGUUGUGUUUAUCAACAUCACCGCCUUCUGAAUUAAACGAGGAGCUAGGCCUAGAAUACAAUUUAUACAUAUUAAGUUAUUCACCAUUUAUUUUUCAUACAACUAGUUGACUAAAUAGGGGGUGCUUGACAAUGUAUUAGAUGAUAGUUCAAUUUGAAACUACACAUGAAUAAUAUAUAGCCUAUUUUCAGGGAAGGUUGUAAGGCUUUUUAGCACAUCUGGACCUUUUAAACACGACGGGAAAUAAUUACCCAAAUGCAGUUGCGGAAAGAUACUGCUAUUUAUGCGCCUAUUCUAAUGACAGAGAGAUGAAACCAGUUAACUGCAUCAACUGCCUAUAGUAUUGUAGGAUUUAAAUGAAACGAGAUAAUUGUAGCAUGCUGAUAAUAAUUUGUUGUCGCCUCGUCCAAACACAUCGAUAAUAUAAUUACAGCUAUUUUUGUAUGACAGAUGAUAGUAUCUAAAUUGUAAAACAUUGAAGGUUGAAACUUAGUCCUAACUAACUACUGACAUUCACCUGUUUCAGAUAAUCCAGGUUGGCAGUUUUAAUGAAUAGUAUUUCCUACACUUAUUUGAAAGAAAAAAUAUUUGUAGGGUCAUCACAUCAUAGGCGCGAUAAAAAUCAACCUUUCUGAAAUCUUCGCAUAAUGGUCAUAGCACAGGACCAAUUUAAUCUUAUACCAUGUUCCUAUUGAAGAAGAAUUAAGGGAACCGCAAAAAUUAGUACAUCAAAUCCCGUAACUACGUUUGUGCGCUAUGUGUCGAUUGUGGAUUACUUAACUAUAUUUACUAGAUAUAAAAAACAAAAUAUACUCACAUUGGUGUGAAAUUAACCAUGGUGGCUAGGUGUUUUUGUUUAUGGAUCUGAUAGAAAUUGUCAGAAUUUUCUAUCAUACUGAUAUCUUUUGUGAGAUCAGGCAAUAACAACAGAUUUUCUUGUUGCAUCGAAUUUGAAAUACUACUGUCCGAUAUAUCAUUUAUAGAAAACUUGAGUUUAGCUGAAAUAUAACAUGAUAUUUCGUAAGCUAAAUCAUGGUCAAAUCAUUUAUAGAAUGAAUACAUAAUUAUUUGAAACUCUCAUUUUAUAACUUUAGAAACUUACAUUUAUCUAUAGGUGAUAUCUUUCCGGCCACGUCAUAAAGAAAAUCUGCGGUCCAGAAAUGAGGUAUUCGAAUAAAAACUUUGCCGGAGUCCACAGGCAUGUGAAAUCCUAACUUGUGCAGCAGCUGCAGAAACUUCAGAUCUUUACAAAUAGACGCCUGCUUGCAGUUCCAUGGCACCAGCGGGAUAGAUUGAUUCAUAACUACAACAAAACGCAUACAAUUAUGAAUUACUUCAGAUAUAUUUAUUUUCUUUCCUUUAAAAGCAGUUGCCUCACACUAGGACUUGUCGUGGAUUAUUUUAUAAACAUACAAUUUCACAUACACAUAACACCCUGACGCGGAUCAAUAAUUAAUUUGUGGAUCACACAGAGAUGCUUCGUGCGGGAAUCGAACCCGCUACACAUUGCGCUGCAGUCGGAUACCCAGCCACCGCGACAACCGUGCACGUAAUUACGCGUAUGUGUAAUUUUGCAGUACAGUCAAUUAUAAAAACACUAUAAACAAUACUUACGCAGGGAGUGAUACGAUACUGGAGACAGUAUGUGCAAAUCAUUAGAUUUCUUCAACUUGCUUAACUUAGUUUCAUUUUCUUCUAUAGUAUUGUCACCCUCACUUUUUCUUGCCAGUUUAUCCAAAUAUAUCUUAGCGAAGCAGGUCUCCAAUAAUACUUUUUGGACCCAAUCAAGGAACUUAGACUUCCCAUCUUGUGUAAGUUGUUCACAAAGCUUAUUAAUUUCAUCGUCUCUCAUCUCUUUCAUAACUUGUACAGUUUUUAUAUUCCUGUCGUUUUCACCUUUCACAAACUUAUCAUAAUCUUCUUUGUUUAUCAGGUUUUGAGUGUAAAGCUCUUUUAUAACUGAAUCCCUCGAUUUAAUGAUUCCGUCUUCUUUAUACAGUGUAAUGAUCUCGCCAACUACAUCGGGUAAAGCACUGCAUUGCAUGUAAUUCCAACUCAAUGAUGAUAAUUCAUCCUCUGUCCACCUGUAACAUUUUAAUAGGAUCUGGACUCUCCCUUUCCUUUUUCAUUAGAGACGCAGCUUGUGUUACUUUUAGUCGUUGGUUUCUUCUCGUCAGCCUCAAGUGUAUCUGGCUUGCUCUGUGCUGGGGGACUAACUGUAGGCUUUGGUACAAUUUUGACAUCAUCAAAAUUCUCAAUAUCAAGUCUGAAGUUCGCGGUACUUUGCAGAGAAUGGGGUUUUUUUAUAAAAGUAUUUAUCACAUACUCGAUAAGAUCCGACCAAUCCUGUAACAGACAAUGUAUUAAAUUAAAAUUACACUGUUACACACUGGAUUUUGUUGUACAAGUACAUUUUUAGUUACUUCAUCUUACAUCGCAUAUUUCAAAUUCAGAUUUCCAUAUAGAAGUAAAAGUCUUCAAGAUCUUCGGUUGGAAUAAAGUUAUUAAACUUUCAAGCUCGCCUCCGACGUGGUGCAUCAGGGUGAAUAUACAGUCAUUGACGAACUCUCCGUUACCGGCGUAGUCUUCCAAUAGUAAUCCAUACUGGUACAUUAUUUCAGAUGAAGCAAAUCUGUCCACCAAAGCAUUUACCAUUAAAAUUAUUACUUUCAAUAAACAAAAUAAUAUAAUAGGGUAGUUUCUUAAAUUUUAUUUUAAUGUCCGUUUGGUACAUUGUUUUUUACAAAAUUAAAUACUUUCGACGAUAUAUACGACGUCACAACGUCACACGAUAUUUCAAAUUACGAUACACGCUGUGGCGUGUAGCACGUUGUGACGUAAUGACCUCCCACUCCUAAACUUAGCGCUAUUUUAUCUAAGUAUUGCAACUUAAUACGAGAAAAUAAAAAAUACGUGUCUUAUAUUUUUUCAUGUAACUGAUUGAUUAAUUAGAUUUUUAAUUUUGGUACCCUGAAAACUACCCAGUUUAGUUGAAAUGUAGAUGUCGCAGUCAUCUGGUUUAAUAUGCUAUUUGAUUUAUUGGCUAACACGGUAAUUGAAUGACUUAAUUGAACGUCAAUUCAGAAAUUUAGUCAAGUCAACCGGAACCAAAACCAGUAAGAGCGAAUUGAAAAAUUACAGGAUUACUGAAUGAAACCACUGUUCCGGAGAUAAGCACGUUCAAACAAACAAACUCUUGAGCUUUAUUACGAACUAGCUUUUACCCGUGGCUUCGCUCGCUUCACAAAAGGAUAUAAAGUAGCCUAUGUGACAUAUACCAAUACACACAGCGCCAUCUAUACCAAUAAUUUCGGUUUCCCUCGAGAAUAUCAAAUUUUUCCGGGAUAAAAAGUACCCUAUUAUUUAAUCCAGACUUCUAACUUCACAUCUGCAAAAAUUCAAAGCAAUCGGUUUAGUAGUUACGGCGUGAAAGUGGACAAACAAACUCACUUUCCGAUUUAUAAUAUUAGUAAGGAUAAUAAAGUAUAAAAUUAAAAGUAUAAAAAAGAAUUUAAUAGGAAACUGAAUUGAAAAAAAAUCUUCUAUCUAUAAUAUAAGGUGUUUGACGCCAAAUUUUUUUGGUGACUACUAACACCGCCGACCGGCAAACAGAUCUCCAGAAAAUUAGUAGUAGCUAUUUUAUAGAUACUAAAACUAAAUAAAGUCAAUAAGUUUUAAUAAUCUAAUAGUUUUAAGUUGGAUCCGAAUAAAGGGUUAUUUUUAUUCAAUCAUAUAGAUUCAACUAGACGACUGCGACAAAGAGCCGAUUUUUCAAUCAUCGGUUACUUCUGAACUGUAGAAUAAAUUGACAUUUGACCGUUUUUAGUAUGGACGAAUAAUUGUGAAUCAAAGUUAUUCCUCAGUUAAAAUUUAUCUGGCGUUGCAAUAAUCGUGCCUAAAUGGUGUAACUCAAUAAAAUAAUUUUCAAACGUUCCGUCAAGCCAAGCAUUGUUACAUAAUUGACGUGCCCCGAUAACUCUGGAACUUUUUGAACAUUUUCAUGAUUUUUUCGAGCAUAGUUCUAAGAGUUCUAGUAAAAUUAAUAAUGCUACAAAACUCUUACUGUCUGAUGUGGUCAAGCAUGUUCGUGGAACCAUUGUAUUCCGGCAAUUUCAUUGCGCUGUCGAGGAACAUGAGUAAGAUGUGGUUUGUCACUAUGACAUCCUGAAACAGAAAAUUAUCAUUAUAUAGAUAAAUCCAAACUUCUGAGAUUAGUACCAAGAAUAUUGAAUACACACAAAAAAAACCCGAAACUAUAAUGAAACUUUACGAGUCACGAUUGGUGACUGGUUUAGUGGUCGCAAAAACUUAAACUAUAAGUUGAAUAAAUAAUCUUAUACGACAUGCAAUACAUGCCUAGUAAUUUACUUAGCGUUAGCUUCUUUUUAAUUAAGGUUUUCUCAUAUACUCAUUACCUAAGUAACAGGUACUAAAUUCUAACUAAUAAAGGACCAUAUAUAAAAAUUGCCCAUCAACAGAUUUAAAUAAAUAGAUAUUGACGAUCUGAUAUGUAUAUAGUACGGCUUUUACAAUAUUAUAAGUUCGUGUGUAUGUUUGUUACUCAAUCACGUCAAAACAGCUGAAGGGAUCGGGGUGAAAUUUGGAACAAGAGUGAUGAUCACACAUGGGCUACUUUUUAUCCCAUGAGACCGCGGGCGAAACCGUUGGCAGAAGCUAGUAAAAAUACAAAUUAAAUAAUUAUAUUGUUUUAUUUUAGUACUCAGUUGUUGCAGUAACGACACAGGUGAAAAUCCUAGUGUUGGGCAACGUUUGAAAAAGUAGUUAGAGCAGCAAUAAAAGUAAAUAACCUGUCAAAGUUCAUGAGUUUCAGCCUAGUGACGACAGUCAGAGGGAUGGACAGAUGGACAUCAAAGACUAAGUAAUAUGGCCUACAUGUAUCCCUUGGGUACGAACCUUAAUUUCAAUUGAAAGUGUAUGUAAACUUACGGUAGAUGUCAAUAAUAUUAUCGAGUUGCCAAUACCAUUACAAUACAAAAAAUUGUAGGUCGAAACCCAUGUUCUUUUGCAGCGUCCUUUUACAAUUGUGAUGUAAAAAACAUUUUCUCUGUGUGUUUUAUGUUUACCAUAAAUUUUACCCCCCCCCCCCCCAUCAUUUUUUAUACAGAUCACAUUGCGACACUGGACAGUAAUAAGAGUUAUAGGAGCAUCGACACUAAAAAUGUUAUUUUACCUGGAGAUAUUGCUUUGAGUGAUACUUCGGAUUGUAGUGACGCAAUAGCAAGACUAGAAGCGACCUCAGCUCUUCAGUCUCGCACAUUUUAAGUUGCAAUUUAAGAAGUGCCUCCUGAUCCUCCUUACAAAUGUGUGAAAACUUUUUAUACACAUCUAUGGCCUGUAUUAUUUCCCUUAUAGCCGUAACGACCUGCGGAUACAUUAAUAUUGGUAUUGUUUUAAAAACACAUUACAUCACAUUAGAUUCUAAAAACUGCAUCAUUUAACGAUUUAUGUAUAUUUUUUCACUUAAAGUAAACAAAACAUAAUGACUUACCAAAUGAAGUCGCCUAAUAUUGGGCUUUAAGUCGUUGCCAUCUAAUUUUAUAGCCAACUCAAAUUGUUCACAUAGAUUUACCCCUUCUGCAGUUAGGUACGAAACUAUAUCAAUAGAUAAAACAGAGCUAACAUUUUCCAAAUCCAAUUCGAUUUGCGUAGCGAACUUCAGAAAGUAAGUGACCAACCAAAAGAAGUGCGAUGUGUCUAUUUCUAGUUGAAGGUUGGACAAAAUUUGGUUGUGAAGUGUCUGUACUAAUGAGUUAUAACCCUUCAAAAGGAAAUCCACGGUGAACUCUUUUAAAACGUUGGAUAUAUCAUCAUCUGUCGGCGUCUUAUGGGAUAAUCCUUGGACGUUGAUUCUGAAAAACAAAAAAUAAUAGUUAAGUAAAUCAAUUCACUAAGCAUAGGGAAACUAAAUCCGAAAUAACUGUCAUUAUUUCAACAUACAUGUUAGAUUUGCCUCUUUUGACAAUUUUCUUCCGCUUCCUGUCUUGCAUGGUAACGCCUGAGCGAGCCUUGUUAUUUACCCUCUGCUUGGGGUUGUGUGGCUUUUGAUGAACAGGUUUCUUUGAUGGCAACUCAUCUUCAUUGCUUGACGUCGAUAUUGACUCUUGAUUUUCGAUUUGUGUGCCAUAACCGCAAUCAGAAUUUUCUGAUAUCACAGUUUUCUUUUCAGUGUUACUUGAUGGUUGCGUCGGGCCACUUCUAUUAGUCUGAGCGCCUCCACUGCAAGACGUUGAUUGACCCUAUAAUUAGCAGUUUGAAAUGAAAUAAUCGUUAACACAAUAUUAAAAAAAUAUUUAGCCAUAGAGAUAUCAUAAAUGCAGCAUACGUUAUCGGAUUGCACAAUCUCAUCGUUGUUACUUUCUAUUGAAUUAUUUUUAUCUUCGUUAUCCGAUUCUUUUUCUUCGGUUGUCUGAAACGGUGGAUUACCAUUCUCACUUGUGUUGUUCAUUUGAGAAGACGCAUCCCAAUCCUUAUUAACAGAAUUGGGAUCAUCAUUACUCUUGCCGCUGCCACCCGUAUCUGAUGAAUCUGAUGUUGGCUCAGAAGUACACAUCGGUGACGAGUCGCUACCUAAGACAAAUUUAUAAUAUAAUUAUUAUUAAAUAUGGUUUCUUCUUAAAAGAAAUAAUGUGUGCAUUAUUCUCCGAGAGAAUACUUACCCCUGUCUGGUGGAGAUGUAUUGCUCUCAUUAUCUUCUGAACUUUCAGAUAAUGAAGCUUCUAUCCAUAAAUUGAGCAGUUUAUGCAAGGUCACGACAUGUUGGUCUUUGUACAGCAAUGCUAUUAAUUGAACCAUUGUUACUGCCCAUUUAUUCUGGAAGGAAAAACAAAUACAAAACACACAUCUCGACUCUUAAAACUUUUUCGCAUACCCACUUGGCAAUGUAUACACUGGCACACUGUAGCGUUUACACACAUGCUGUCUAAAACAGAUGAAUAAAAAUUUUAAUAAAUUAAAUAUGACAGUAAUUUAACAGACAUUAAAAAUAAAUUUGUUUGUUUACCUUAUAGUAAACUUAUAUAGUUUAGCAUGACUUACCGCAUCAGGAAUAAUCAUUAACUUAAUGAGAAUUUUAUCAAUACUUUGGCUAAAUAUAUUCCAUAAAAUUUGAUUCUGUACAGCGUGUGGCCCAUUAUAACUAGGACUUUGGCCACUGGGUUCCUCUGGUAUGUGUAAAAUAUUCCGCAGUAACAGAAGGCUGUUACUAAUGUUUGUGCAUUGCUCUGACGUUAGCUUAGAUUUUUGUUCGCAAUCGACGUUUUUCUUUAAGAAAUCUAUAACCACUUUAGUCGCACGGUGAUCCGUAAAAGCCACCUUGGUAGAAGCAAGCAAGUUAUUAAUUUCAAAAAUAGUAUGUCUCCCAAAAUCAUUUCUAGAUAUGACGUCAACAGAUAGUAAACACUCUAUAGGAAUUGUCAGAUUUACUAGUAUUCUAAUUAGUAGUUCUAUAGUCGCAUCUUCUUUGGCAUGAAUUAGAAGAGGUAUUAAAUCUUUUUUGAUGUUUUGUCCAAAGCUUAUACUUCUACGAUAUGUACGUAGAUAUUUAUCCUCUGUCAGGAUAUUGUGAAGAAUAGACUCCAAAGCAGCUGAAACGUACAAAAAUACACAAGUGAAAUCAGAUUUAUUUGUGGGUACGCUCAAGUAGACGUAACCGUGAAAAUGUACACCGACCAUUGCAGUUUUCGUUCACGUGAUAUCCAUCUGCAUGUAGAAAUCCGAGGUUGCUGAAUGUACUAUGAAUUUGUGGACUUCGAAGGACCCAUUCCAUUUUGUAUCUGAAACAAUGUCGAAAUGUUACAUCUUCUAUACCAACCGGACGAUUGCCCUUGUUAUCAAUUCAUCAUAAUUUUAUUUUAUUAGGUACCAGCGGACCCGACAGACGUUGUCCUGUAUAUUAUUAUAUUUCAAGCGAUUAGGGUAUUAAAAAAGUAUGAAAGGAAAGAUAUAAUGUGCACAAAAAAGUUGUUAACAUGCGACGAAUGUUUUACAAUAACCGCUCAAAACCUUCAAAAAUUGCAUCAAAUGCAAUUUGAGCCGAAUAAUACGAAUUAGUAGGGCUUUUUUUUUUUUUUUUUUUUUAAGGGGGGAAAAUCAUCGAAUGACUGCUCCCGCCUGGGUGAGGCGGAAGGGAGUGUCAGACUCUUACUGACUAAAAACCACCCCGUUCCUUCUCCUGCACGUCGAGCCGGAGCCCCGGUUACCCGUUAGGUUCUCCGCGACUCCGAAUCGGCAUCGGCCCUAUUGGGCCCCAUCUGUGGUGGUCUGAUGGCUCUUUGAGGCGCGCGCGGAACGCGACGCGCCGUACGCUCGGGUCUGUUUCUGGUCGGACGGGGAGCCACCCAUGCUCGCCGUCCGCAGGCCCGCGCUUACGGUGGCCGGAGAUCGUCCCGCGAUCCCCGACGCCCGGUGUGUCCUUCGCGAUGGCUGGGUUGCGAGGAGGCAGCGCUUCGCUGCCUCACGCGUCCCGCCUCCUCCUUAGCUAGCAUGACUGCUUCGCAAAAGGAGGAGACGGCAUCCCAGUCCCCCUCGCUCCGCAUCAUGGCCUGCACUAGGCCCGGACGCGAGUGGUCGCCAUCGCCGAUCACUUCCCUGAGGGCACGGCGGUGCUCAGCCCACGCAGGGCAUUCCGCUACGGUGUGUUCCACCGUGUCCUCAGGGCGGUCCUCGCAGUGAUGACACCCGGGCGUUUCCUCCCGCCCCAUCAGACACAGGUACCUCCCG